GAAUGUGAGCUAAUUUUAAGAAAUUAUAAGACAAGAAAAAAGAAAAUGGUGUCAAUUUAUGACAAUUGGAUUUUGGAAAUGCAGAAACUUACUGAAGUUAGGGAGAAGAAUAUUAAGGCACUCGAAGAAUCGCAACCUUUUGAUGACCAACGUUUACGUUCUUUAGACGCUACACUAAAAAAAGUGACAGCAUUUACCAAAAAAUUGAAAAAUGUAUCGUCAACGACAAUUAGUCAAUUAUUACCAGAUCUGGAAAAAUUAAAUUUGAGGUAUUGUGUAGUUUCCCCCCCCCCCCCCUCUUCAUGA